AUGUUCUAUCGACCAGGAGUAACGGAGCACAAUCUCCCUCACGAUCCAUUCAAGGCAUGCGUGGUGCCGCGCCCGAUUGGAUGGAUCUCCACCAAGAACAAGGAGGGCCAAGCCAACCUGGCACCCUACUCCCAAUUUAACAAUCUCACGUUCGACCCGCCGUACGUGAUGUUCUCGUCUAAUCAGACGGUCAACGGCACACGCAAGGACACGGUGGUCAACGCCGAGCAGACCGGGCGCUUCGUCUGGAAUCUAGCGACCUGGGACCUCCGCGAGGCCGUCAACAUCUCGGCCGAGCAAGUACCCUACGGAGUAGAUGAGUUUGAGCGUGCCAAGGUGACCAAGGAACCUGCGACCCUGAUGGACGUCCCGAUGGUGCAGGAGUCGCCGGUCAAAUUUGAGUGUGAAUAUCAUUCCACCGUGCGGCUGCCGGGAAAUCCGCCGAUGGGCACCGUGGACGUUGUGAUCGGCCGGGUGACUGCCGUGCAUAUCAAGGACGAGGUAUUGACAGAUGGAAUUCUGGAUAUCAAAAAGACUAAGCCAAUCGCGCGGUGUGGAUACUAUCAGUACACCGUGGUCACGGAGACCUUUGACAUGGUGAUCCCUGGCAUGUCCGAGGAUGUCCUAUACGGGUUAGAGGGAAGUGCAAAGCGCAAUCGCGAGGCUGAACUCCGGUCUUUAUAG